AUUGCGCAUGCGUGGCGUACAUAGAUACAAUAUGGCGUUGUUAACACGCCUGAGUGCGAAAAACGAUGAUGCGAAUACCGAUAUUACGCGUAAUUUACACACUCUUCAAUUUGAAAGCGCUCUAAGCGAAGAGGAAAGAAAACUCCUUGUUUUGAGAGCAAGGUCACAUGCCAUUGCCGUUUCAUUAUGUGCACAAGCAACAUACUUUGUUGAUAUUUUGAAUGAAGGAAGACAAAUGAAGAAUCAGUUGAAAAGUCCCCAUAAAAGAAGUACAAGAAUUCUACAAGAUUUCCACUGCAAGGAUCCUCUUCUAGUUGGAAUCAUAGGCUGUGGUCAUGUGGGAAGUCAGAUUGCCCACUGUCUGCUGACAUACGGCAGAAUGAACCCAUCAGAUCUACACAUAUCAACCAGGAGACCAGAAACACUUGAAUAUCUGGCAAGUCGUGGUACAGAGUGUUACAAUAAUAAUGUGAAGCUGGCGUCAUCAGUACACCUGGUGUUUGUGUGCGUGCUGCCAUCACAGCUAUCUGAUGUUGCGGAGGAGGUGAAGGAGUAUUUGACGUCCUCCAGCAUCAUCUACUGCACUGCCAGCAGCGUCUCGACACGCAAACUCAAACAGCUGUUUGGUAUUGACAAUAUAGUUAAACCGGAAUGCGACAUCAAAGCUGAGAACUGUGAGAAACCUUGGGAUUACUCUGUAAACAUUAACACUGCUCUCGGGAUUAAAGAAACUGUAGAAACUACAAGUCCUUUUGCUUUCAACAAAACAGAUUGUAUUGUAUCCACUCCUGCUCACGUUGGAGGCGUGAUGGUGUACGCCUUCCUCAACAUGUGUUCAAGUCUGGGGAUGGGAAGACAGGACUCCCUGGAUGCUCUGCACCUGGUGCUGUUUGGGGAGACAGACAAGGAACCUAUUGAUGACAGACUCAGGGUGGAACACUUCACCAAGAAGUCCGACGAGGAUGGUGACAAGGUCUUCCCAAGGUUUGAUCUUGUCAAGAUCUCGGAGAACACAACUGUAGCCUUGAAGAAGAUUGUUGAAAGUGAGGAACUGAAGCAUGCAUUUGCCAGUCGCUACUGGGAGGCGUUCGAGCAGUAUGUCCAUCUUAAAGCUUAUGGGCAAGUGUGAGCCGUUGGACAAUGCUGUGAAAUACAGUCAACAGUCAACAGUGAUUCAUUGGUUCAGUUUAUGUGAUAAAGAACUGGACCAGAUUUUGUUGAAAAGAGAAGUUUAUCUGUGAUACUGUUUACAUGCCUGUACCAAGACAUGUUUGCCUGAACAUUGUAUAUUAUUUGUUUACAUCACUGCCACCAUUUUUUCGAAAGUGAUUAUGAUUUAAGAUACCAAGUUUGGAACAUGAGAAGUCUUGGUAUGUUUGAUUCAAACCGAAACUCCAUAAUGACAGACACAUAAUUUCAAUUUCAUUCCAGACUAAUUUUACUGUGUAUCCCUAUACUGAAAAUGGGUCUGCAGAGCCCACUGUAAGCUUAAAGGACUUGCCAAAAAUAAGUUGAGCCCAAAUAUCUUGUCUUGAAGAUAGGCUACUCCAGAUUUUGUUUGAUGGCAGUGAUAUUUAUAUCUGUGAUAAUGAUAUGAAUCUCUUGAUCAUAGUCUUGUAAUAAACAUACAAUCAUACAGACUAUGCGUCGUUGUGUGAUGAUAAAACAUAUUCAAUAUUUUGUUUCCAUGUUGUCCUCAGUGAAUAAAAUCUUUAAGCAGUUACAAUGA